AUGGUAACCGUCAACCGUUACCUCCUCAUCAAGCAGAGCAGAAAGGCCUACCAACGACUCUGCACUGGUCGAGCCAUACCGGUUGUACUCAUCAUCCUGUGGGUGUUGACGUUAUCUAACGGUGUACCUUUGUGGAUCAACUUCAGUACCGAAGAAGACGAGAUGGUGACGCGGCGAAAUAUGAUGAUAUAUCUGAUCAUCAACAUUUUACCAACACUUAUUAUUGUCCCUAUCACCAAUGUGAUGACUUUGCGUAUAAUUUCAAAGAGUCGAAUGAGAGUGGCAUGUGCUUCAAGCUCUGUCAAAAAGACCCCUUCGACGUCAGCACGGGUAAAAUGCGUUUCCUUUGCAGGCGAGAAAUCAAAACAGACGAUAACAAAUGACUCAGAAAUGUCACCUCAAAACGGUCUCAGGAGUUGUAACAACUUCCAGAACGACGGGGAAAGUAAAACUGACCCGUCAGAUGAGUUUAAAAUUAACAUAUCAGGAGGAAAUGUGGAAAAUCCUACAAAUAUGACUCGGCAAAACAAGAGCUUUGACAUUGAUCUACCUUUACAGCAGGGACAUGGACCCUCUAAAGAGGUUAAGGACCUUGCUUCGUCACCAUCAAAUACACUUGCAACUGAAACAAAUCCGACACCAAUGGAACCCGCCUUAGUGACACAUGCUAAGGAAUCUGAUGGAACUGUUACGGAUGCACAACCAUCUUCUGUCAUGUCAGCAGAAGACCCAGAGAUAAAAGAAAAUAAUUCCAAAAAGCCGAACUUGGUUCACUUGGACAAACCGAAGAUCCUCCAAGUCGGUCGAGGAGAACUCAAGCUAAUGCGACUAAUGCUUGCCAUGCUUAUACUCUUGUUGAUAUCAUGGGUUCCGAUUGUCAUAGAAAUCUUUCGCCAGUUCGAGAUAACCAAUUCAUUACAGAAUAUGAUCUUCUACGUUCACCUCAUUCCAAUGUUCCCGUCCAUAGUACCUUACAUCUACCUAUGGAGUAAUGUUCAUUUCCAGCGAGUGCUUAUGAAACGCGUAAGGCUUCUUUGCAGAGUCUGCUGUCAUACCAAGGCAACUGCGGACAGACAAGAAACAACAUUCUACUAG